CCUUAUCGAUAAGUCCAUCCCCUGACACUGCGAGCCACUGUCCACCUCUCACACCUAUUAGACCCUAGAGACAUCGUUUGACAUGGCUGCCCAUGGGAUUCCCCGCUACUCGCUCCAAGCGGAGCGGACCGAAGAGGGUCGUCAAAAAGAGCUUCACAAGAUCGAGAAGUAUCGCGAACUCGACCAGUCGGUCCGUGACAAGAUUGCGAAACACCAGCAUACACCAGAAACGCUACAGAAAAUAAGCGAAUUACUGACCAGCAACCCGGAGUACUACACCGUGUGGAAUUAUCGACGCCAGGUGUUGCGAAGUGAAUUUUCAGCAGCCGCUUCAGCUGGCUCAGAUGAAGCUGCUGCAGCCCAGAUCUCCACUUUGAUCAAGAAUGAUCUACUAUUCACGGUUCCCCUCCUGCGUAGCUUUCCCAAGUGCUACUGGAUCUGGAACUACCGUACCUGGCUUCUGGAUGAAGCCAAGCGUCUGCUCCCAGUACCUGCUGCGCAGAAAUUCUGGCAGGAAGAACUGGCCCUCGUAGGGAAAAUGCUUAGCUUAGACAGCAGAAACUUCCAUGGCUGGGGUUACAGACGUUUUGUCGUGGAGACGCUGCGAGAGCUCAAAUCGGAGGAGCAGGAUGGGAAGCAGAUGACGCAAACGGAGUUUGAGUAUGCAAAGAAGAUGAUCGGCGCGAAUCUCUCCAACUUCUCGGCGUGGCACUAUCGUACGAAGCUCAUCCAGCGCUUGUUGACCGAGAACGCGGCUAGUGACGAGGAACGAAGAAAAAUGCUCGAUGAUGAACUUGACUUGAUCCAUCGUGCCCUGUGCGACCCGUAUGACCAGUCAUUGUGGUUCUAUCACCAAAACCUGAUGUGCACAUUCGAUCCAUCCGUGGCAGAUCAGACGCUAGCGCCGAAGUUGAGUGAUGCGGAGCGCCUGGAUUAUCUCCGACGUGAAAUCGACGAGAUCCAGGAGAUGCUGGACGGGGCGGAGGAUUGCAAAUACAUCUACCAAGCACUGAUCGAUUGUACGAUGUUGGCGUGGAAGGUAGAAGGAAGCGCGCCCAGUGGGGAAUCGAAAUCAAAGGUCUUGGACUGGCUCGCGGAAUUGAAGACGCUGGACCCGCUGCGACUUCAACGGUGGCUGGAUUUUGAACAGUCGCUCGGGCGCUGAGACGAUCAUCCCUUGCCUAUGGAUAUGUAUAGUAAUCUAUGGGCGCCAUCUGCGGGGGAUUUUUGCUUUGUUUCAAGAGAUUGUCCGAUCUUGUUUUAUUACUUGCUUUUUCUUGUGCCAUGCUGAUGUGCUGCGGGUGGACAUAGCAAGUUGAUGGCUCCAGCUGUACUUAGUCCGUAGUAGUGGGCCAACCAUCGGGAUGGAUUUUGUUGGUGAGUUUCAGAAUAACAGGUGGCCACGGC